UGUCGACCAAACUAAAUAUGUACGGUGGUUAGUUAACUUCCGAAUUGACCGAUUAUUGCAUCAUCACCGUGUGCGCGUGGCCGAAAUCAGCCCGAUAUUGAGGCUAUCAGAAUAAGAAGGAUAUUCAGCGUAGCUGGGAAAGGUAAACACAAAGAAGGUUAUAUAGCGCUGCCACCUCCGCUUUUCCCAUGCACCUACCCCCUAAUAACACCCACGCACACCCCAGCUUCCACCCCAACCCCUCCCACUCCAUCACCCACAAAUACCCUCCUAACCCUCUCACACGCCCACUGCGUAAACUUCAAUAUCCUGUCAAUGGCGCAACGAAGACAGAACACAGUGAAAGCGUGAUUAUCAACUGCGGCUCCAGUCUUCUUGGCGUGUCGGAAAAGGGGGAUGACAAGUCAAAGGGCAGUGUGAGAGCAGAUCGUGGCGCAGACGGAAAGGCCGACGAGAAGGCAAACCCUGGCGCAGACCGUAACCCAGAAGACCUCAUCUCCCCUCCAGGCGGACACACCUGCCAUACACGCAUAGCAAGAAGACUCAUGACGUAUUCGUAUCGCUCUUGAUUUCGCAGACGAUGCGCCAGAAGGAUUCCAUUUUGGAUUCUAGGGUGCUUAUGCCCUUUGCGCAUAUACCCGUGUGUAGACCACCCACGCCGCCGAGCAACAUUGCAGGUGCAGUCUGCAACAACACACCUCCUCGGACUACACACGCUACGUAUGCGA